GGAAGAUUAAAUCAGAAUAUUUUGCAACAGCCGACAUACAUAACUUAAAAAUUAAUUUAUGAUAUAGUUUCACGGCUGCUGAAAUUUCAGAUGUCAAAAGAUUUCAUCAAAUUUCUUUAUGAUUUCAAGGAAGGGCCAAGGAGGAAGUUAAUCGACAUCGAGAAACAAGCAAUCAGGUCGAAGUCUCUCUAUUUAGUUGAGCUGAGCAAGAGUUAUCCACAACACGUCAUAGGAUGUGCCAGGGCAUUCCCACAUAUCAAACUGUUGAACUGCCCAUUCAAUCACCGCCACAAGUUCAGAAACAAGAAGUUGUUAGAUGCGCAUAAAGUCCAAUGCCCACACCGGGCUGUUGUGGAGAAUGAAAUACUUUUUGCUCAAAGAAAGUUUGACAGUGGAACUUAUGUGAAAGGGAACACGGAUGUGCCUUCGUACCACAGAGAGGUCGAAUGGCAUGAAUCUAAAGAGAACUGGGAUGAUGAAAUCCCAGAGUUUCCUCGAAUGGGUGUUGACCCUGAUGUUGUAAGUGGGAGGCCAAUGGGAAAGCACAUCUUCAAAGACACUGCAGGGAUGACAACAAAACAGAAGAAGGAGUUCAAGGCCAACCUGAUGGCCACAUUUCAAGAUGAACAUGAUGAAUACAGCGAAAACACAUUACCAGUUGGCAUGGAUGCCACCCCACCCGGUGGUAACACACCAAAUAGAGGUAACACACCAAAUAGAGGUAACACACCAAAUAGAGGCAUCCCAAACAGAAACACUCCACCGAUGUGCAAUACUCCACCAAGGACCUCCACUCCAACGAGGAUCUCAACUCCACCAAAGAUCUCAACUCCACCGAGGACCUCAACUCAUCUUGGAAAACCUGCAGUAUCCCAACCUCUCAGAUUACCCAAAGACAAACCUAAGGUGCUAACAAUGGCCAAUCAGAGCCAAAUGCAAAGAACUCUGGCUAUGGCAGGCAUAGGCCGAGGCAAAGCUCCUGGUGGCGGUGGUCAGCCUUUGGGAGCUGCACCAGCAGUUGGGGGGUUGCAAUCCAUGAGAGGCAAUAAUACCUCAAGUUUACAAGCAGUGACUAGAGUGUUAAAUGGCAACACUGAUAAGGCUGAGUCAAACAAAUUUGACAGAGAAAAAGCAAUCAAAAAGAUCCAGAAGAAACUAAGAGAGAUUGAGAAACUAAAAGUAAAGCCUGCCUCAGAGUUGAACAGUGAAGAGCGUGAAAAGGUCCAAAAGACAUCAGAACUGGAAAAGCAACUUCGGCUGCUCACUGAAGCUGUGGGGAAAUGAUUCGAUGACAAUCAGCUUAUGGACAUUAUAUGAUCUGAUACAUGGAUAAACUGAAUGUAUCCAGCAAAUCAUUUUGGACUUUAUUAUCCAUUUUGUAUGGACAUUUUUAGUUUUUAUAGUGUGUAUUAUCAGAUUACUUAAUAUCAUUUUGCCAUUUUGGAGCUAUUUUGUACAUUUCUGUAAAUAACAUGAAUCUUAUUUUUGAUAUACAAGGUGGGCCAAUAAAAAUGAAACCUCACAUAUAUUCUAUUUAAAGAUGUACAAAAGAACCAAAUGUCAUGAAAAUAAUUGAGUGUUAAGUCUUAACAUUUGAGGAUGUUUAUAUCCAAUUUCAAGUCAAAUGAUGUAUGUUUUAUAAUUUUUUUAUUGUCUUUGCUGAACCCAAGAUGUGUCUAGGUAGUCUUCAGCAUUCUGAUACUCAUAUCA